GGUCAUGACAGAUCAAUUAAUAAAAACAUUAGAGUAAAAAAGAUAACGGAUUUAAUCAUCUAACAGAAGUUCUUCCAAAAAAACAAACUUAAUAUUUGAUUUAAUCAUUAGUCGCAUAACUUUGGUCAUAUUUCCUGUUUCGUGUCUAAGACAUUUUAGUCCUUUUCCCUGCCCAGACCUGACAGCUUGUGCAUACACAGUGAAGAUGGCGCCGUUGGGAGAAGCUGGGCUGCACUGUACUGAGGGAGAGUGAGAGAAGACGGCUGACGGCGGGAGGGAAAGUGAGACAGGAGUCGAAACUGCGAGAACCUCGGGGAGCAAGAACGCUGCAUUCGUCGGCGCUCCCACAAGGUGGAAGCUUGAUGCUUCUCUGUCUGUGGGAGCUUUAGCCCAGUCACCAUGGCCGAAGAAAAGAAGCAGAAGCUUACCAACACCCUCCUCCCCACAGAAUCAAUGAAGGCGAUAGGGGAAUCGAUUGGAUUGUCUCAGAUGCAGGAGGAGACAUGUCAAGUUCUGAGUGAGGAAGCCAGUUACAGAAUAAAGGAGAUUGCCCAGGAUGCCCUAAAAUUCAUGCAUCAUGGGAAGAGGCGGAAACUGAUGACAAGUGACAUUGACUAUGCAUUGAAGUUGAAGAAUGUUGAGCCCCUAUACGGGUUUCAUGCCCAGGAGUUUAUCCCCUUUCGCUUUGCUAGUGGAGGAGGUAGAGAGCUAUAUUUUUAUGAAGAGAAAGAGGUGGAGCUAAGUGACAUUAUCAACACUCCACUGCCUCGGGUACCACUGGAUGUAUCGCUGAAAGCUCAUUGGCUUAGCAUUGAAGGUGUCCAGCCUGCCAUUCCAGAAAAUCCACCUCCAGCUUCAAAGGAGCAACAGAAAGCUGAGUCAACUGAGCCACUUAAAGCUGUGAAACCUGGACAGGAGGAGGUUCAAAUGCAUAACAAAGGACAGGGGACAGCAGCCACUGAUGCAAAGGGCAAAGACCAGAAAAAGCUGAUAGAGGGCAGCGCAAUGAAGUUGAAACCGCGUAGUACCCACGAGCUGUCUGUUGAACAACAGCUAUACUACAAAGAGAUCACUGAAGCCUGUGUUGGUUCCUGUGAAGCUAAACGAGCUGAAGCUUUGCAGAGUAUUGCCACUGAUCCUGGACUCUACCAGAUGCUGCCUCGCUUCAGCACAUUUAUCUCUGAAGGGGUACGAGUAAACGUUGUUCAGAAUAACUUAGCCUUGCUGAUAUACCUGAUGAGGAUGGUCAAAGCUCUGAUGGACAACCCAACUCUGUAUCUUGAAAAAUAUCUUCAUGAGCUCAUUCCUGCUGUUGUCACCUGCAUUGUUAGUCGACAGCUUUGUCUACGACCAGAUGUGGACAACCACUGGGCUUUGAGAGAUUUUGCGGCUAGACUGAUGGCACAGACAUGCAAGACAUUCAGCACAACAACUAACAACAUUCAGUCUAGGAUUACUAAAACCUUCACUAAGAGUUGGCUAGAUGAAAAGACACAAUGGACAACACGAUAUGGUUGUAUUGCAGGGCUGGCUGAGCUGGGGCCUGAUGUUAUAAAAACUCUCAUUAUCCCUCGGCUACAAGUAGAAGGUGCUCGAAUUAAAGCGGUACAUGAAGGGCCAGUUGUGAGCAACAUUGACAAGAUUGGAGCCGACCAUGUGCAGAGUCUUUUGCUUAAACAUUGUGCAUCGGUAAUAGCCAAGCUGAGAUCACCCCCAGACAACCAGGAGCAGUAUCGGGCAGACUAUGGCUACUUGGGCCCAAUGCUUUGCACUCAUGUGGUCAAAGCUCGUUCACAAGCAGCUAUCCAAGCUCAGCAAGUCAACAGGACCACUCUGACCAUAACACAGCCAAGACCCACUUUGACUUUGUCACAAGGUGGUCAGCCUUCCAGUACUUCAAGGACUCCUAGCAUCAUCAAAAUGCCAAACUCCAUCACUCUACCCAUGCAGACACUUGUCUCUGCUCGACCGUCAACUUCUACCCAGCCAUCUCCCCCACCCACCAAGUUUAUUGUGAUGUCAUCAAGUUCGGGUAGUUCAUCCACCCAGCAGGUUAUCACGUUAAGCAGUGCGCAGUCUGCACCAACCAGCACAUCCCCUGUAACCACAACUGUGCCCAGUCUACAGCCGCUAGUCAAACUGGAGCCUGGAGGGUCACAAGGAACUGGAAAUGCUGUGACAGUAGGGAGUGGGGUCUCCCGCACAGUACAAAAAUACAUUGUUGUUUCUUUGCCAUCUGCUGCUGAUGGCAAAUCUCAGAACACAAUGGGUCAACACCAGCUGUCACCAUCAUCCAGUGCUGCACUGGAGGCAAAUGCUGUGGGAUCUUUGAACAAUGCAGUCACAGUCAAGCUGGAAAGACCAGAAAGCCCAAGCAAUGGAAACCAGUCUCCACAGCCUUCUCAUUGACAGGCGGACAUUGAUUUUGAGUAGAGGGCUAACGUGACUUCCUUAAAGCAUCAAAGCUUUGCAUUCUAUUUCUCGCUUUUUUUUUUUUUAUUAAAGUAUGCUGUGUUUUUAUUUGCCUUGCAUCUUUCUACCUCCUGCAUGAAUAUGACAAAUGUCUUAACAUGAUGUUUUAAAGUAUAAAGGCUCCAGCUCCCAGUUACAAUAGAACAGAAAAUGCUUAUUGAAAAGGGUGGUUGAUAUGUUGAGCACCAGUAACUAAAUUAAUCCAAGACCAUCACCGUCAACGAUAUGUUUUUUUUGGAAGUGGGCAUGUGCUGUAUGUGAGUUAAAGCGUUUAAAUACUAUGAUAUCUAUUUAUUAACUUCCCAGAUUUCAGUGAGUUGAAAAUUUUAAUCAAGUGCAAAAGUAUAGGCACUUGCUUCAAUAAUUUAGUUCAAGUUCAGUCUAAUCUGGAGGUUGUGUUGCUUGAACAAACAACUUAACUAAUAUAUGCCUUCAGGUUGGAUAUAACAUUCUGAAAAAUCAAAGGAAAUAAUUUGACCACAAGAAAAGGUAAGGAUGACAAAACUGUUUCAUUCCUGGUAAAAAAAAAAAUGAAAAAUCGUAACUACACUUCUUAAUACUAGACAAAACUAGAAUACUAGAACUAGAAUUGUCCUCAUAUACAGUGUUAUGCUGCAGGUUUACGGGGGUACCUUGCAUUGAAGUGUUGUUAGAAUCUGAGACUAGGAAGUUAAAUGUGAAUGACUGUCUUAAUUUGGAAUUACAAGGUAGAAAUACUUAUUGUGACAUUUCAUAAUUGGCUUCUUGAAUUACUUCAGUGCAGCAUAGGUGCUAAUGAUAUAAUGGUCUAUUUUAAAGGGAAUCAAACAUUUACUGUAUUAAUGUGGCUUAUUUCCUCUUUAUUAUCACAUGUAAAGUGAUAGAAACCUAGUGAAAUACCCUUUUGAAGCAUAAAGAAGAAAAAAUAUA